AUGACUCCGCUCCAGCUCUUCAAAAUUCUCGCGCUCUUCCUGCUGGCUGCUUUGACCACGGCUUCACCCAUUGCAAUUCCCACUACUGGCGGUGUCUCGGUCCCGACCACUAUCCCUAGCGACGUCUCGAUCGCUAUCCCAGCCAGUACCUCAGACAAUGUCCCCAACAACGUGUCAACUGAGGUCAACUGCUAUCGCUGUGUAUACAUCAACCUGUUUUGUAAGCAAAUUGGCCUCACUGAGGACCAAUGCUUCCGAUUGCGAUGCAAAGAUCCCGACUGCUAUCGAUGCCGUAGUAGUUGCCGCGCUAACCAGCAACUCAACGGCUCCGACUCUGCUACUGCCGGCAAUGUCGUUGUUGAGAGCUCUUCGACUUCUAUGGCUCCAGUAAUGAAGCGCGAGGAAGCAAAGCGGUGCUUCUGGGUCUGUAUUCAUACAUACUGCACGCGGCAAUGUAUCGGCGACGAUGCCGUUGCAGCUCUCAGGGCCAAUAGCGCACUCGUCAUCGACGAAGCCGACAUGAAAACCGACACCACCAUCUCCGUCUCUUCGAGCCAUGCGCAACUAAAGAACCCUUUCCUCUACCAUUGUGACUGGACUUCUGGUAUAUGCUGGACUGAUCCUGUUCUUCAAGAUGUAGCUGGGAGCGAAACCAGCAUCGAGGAAAUUCCGGACAUCCCAACCAAGCUUUGUCGCGAGGUGUGUAGUACGGACGACUCGCUCUGCGGCAUGAUCUGUGAUGUCGAUGAGAAUGAGGAUAAAAACAUCGACGUUGGGAAGGCUGACGUUGCUAACCGCGGGCCCAAGUGCCACUGGGAAUGCAUGUUUGGCCAGUGUUGGGCCGUCUGUCUUCCGACAAUGGCUGUCGGCUCCGCCGACGCCAAUGCCGUUAUGGAUUUUUCCUCUCUCAGAUGCCGCUGGGAGUGCUACUUCGGUCAGUGCUAUGCAUGCUGCGUUCCAUCGGCCAAAGGAGAGGGGGCCCAGAAGCGCGGUACAUUACCUCCACCCUGUCAUGAACGCUGUGACGACGACAAGUGCUGGGUUGUCUGUCCCCGUCCACCGAUAGAGUAG